UCUUUCUCCCUCCAAAGCACUCACCUUUGAGCUUCUUCUCUAGCCAUGGCUCAAUCAAUGCUCAUGUCUAGCCUUGGUGGCCACCUUUUGAACUCCAAGAAACAACCAUUGCUUCACUCUCUUCGCCCCACUCCAUUCUCUCACCUCAUCCUUCAUCCUUCCUCUUCUUCUUCAUCUUCUUCUCCUUCUCCUUGCUACGCUCCCACACUAGCCGUUUUCAAGUCCAGAACCAAAGCUCCACCAGCUAAGAAGCCGUCGAAGGAAAAGCUAAAAGUGGAAGAUGGUAUCUUUGGCACUUCAGGAGGGAUUGGUUUCACUAAGCAAAAUGAGCUCUUUGUUGGCCGCGUUGCCAUGAUUGGCUUUGCUGCGUCUCUGCUUGGAGAAGCUAUAACAGGGAAAGGAAUCCUUGCUCAACUGAAUCUGGAAACUGGGAUCCCAAUCUAUGAAGCUGAGCCUUUGCUGCUCUUCUUCAUCCUCUUCACUCUUCUCGGCGCCAUUGGAGCUCUGGGUGACCGUGGCCGCUUUGUCGAUGAUCCUGCUCCUCCCACUGGACUCGAUAAGGCUGUCAUUCCUCCUGGAAAAAGCUUCAGGUCUGCUCUUGGUCUCAAAGAAGGAGGUCCUCUGUUUGGAUUCACAAAGUCAAAUGAGCUCUUCGUGGGGAGAUUGGCACAAUUGGGGAUUGCAUUCUCUCUUAUUGGAGAGAUCAUCACUGGAAAAGGAGCACUAGGACAGCUAAACAUUGAAACUGGUGUGCCGAUCAAUGAUAUUGAACCGCUUGUGUUGUUCAACGUUGCAUUCUUCUUCUUCGCUGCAUUGAAUCCGGGUACUGGUCAAUUUGUCACUGAUGAAGAAGAUGAAUGAGGAGGAAAAGUUUCAGUUCUCAUUGUUGUGUAUGUUCUUAGUAAGAACUCUGUUUUCUUGUUCUGUGUAGUAAAAGUGAUGAGAAUUAUGUUAUCAGUAACAGAUGUUCUAUUGCUUCAUUUUCCUGUAAUUGUCUUCUUGUUUAUGUUUCAACAAUCCAAUGCAUAAUGAAAGUUUGAAAAA